AUGUCCCGUCAAUCGGGCCACCCUGAGCGGCCGCUUUCACUCACCGAAGAACUGGAAAAACUAGAACAGUCCAUCACCUUGACGCUCCAAGAGAUCGAUCAAAACUUCAGUCAAGCACACCGGAUCGUGACGACUAGUAUCUUACCUAUAGUGGAGCAGUAUACGGAGCAUUCUCAUGAUGUUUGGGAUGGUGCCAAAUUUUGGAAACAAUUCUUUGAGGCCAGCGCCAACGUGUCUCUGUCCGGAUAUGAGGAGCGACCGAAUGGGAAUGAUGAUACAUCACAGGAGCCUACAGCAACAGAAGAGGAACUAUCUGCCGAUAUAACUCAAAGCACAACCCACGAAGCCGACCAAUCCUACGCUACGCCUGCGUCGCAACGCCAUAUUAUCCCCCAUGGCCAUGGCGAGGAUCUGGAUAUCACUGCCCUCACUAUCUCCUCGCACAGCACGCCGCGAGCCCCAGCCCAACAAACUGAGGACGACAUGACAAUAUCCUCCAUCGAACAAUCGUCUUCAUACGAGAAUUUGAGAAAGCACAUCAACGAAGAAAGGUCCCCCUUCGAUCUUCCGGGCUCUUCUACACUUCCAUCAACCCCAGGUCGGCAACCUUUCUUCCCACCAGAAGCCUCAUCCGUCACUCCUAUGUCAUCACCCUUUAUCCCACCUACGUCCUCUGCCAAAUACCAGUCCGCAUCUAGAGACAAUCGGUACCACAAAUCAUCUGAUCCGGUAAUGCACCAGAUGCUCGAUAAGACAUACCGCGUUCAAGCUACUCCUCUAGGCAAGGGAUUCUACAAUGCAGGGGGCGGUACAAACACACGCUCUAAAUUUGCGGUUACCCCGAAACAGGCCGCCUCUAGCUCGAAGUAUGCUUUCGACGAUUCACCAAUUUCCAGUCCGGAACCUGAGGCCCCUCAACUCCACUCUGAGAUCUUUUCUUCGCCUAUCAAGGGUGUCGAUGCAACACCCGGAACCCAUCGCAAGCGACGUACCAGCAGCAAUCACGUUCGCGGCACUCCAAAGCCCGGCUUUAGUGUUUUGACUCCCGCCAAGAAACCAGGAACCAGCCGGGCGCUCUGGGAUAGUGACGAUGAUCUAGAUGAAGAUCUCGGUCCCAGCCCUCCCAAGACCAUGCAAUUCCAUAUUCCUCAGAGUCGACUGAUGCAAACACCUGGUAGGAGGAUUUCCCAUGUCCCCAAAUUUCCUUCACCUUUUAUUUUGAGUAUUAAACUAACAAUAUCACCACCAUCAGCUAAGGAAGCCUCGAAGCGUAUUGUGGACGAUUUGCUGGCUACUGCUGGGGCAGGAGACGUCACCGACGACCUUGACGACCAGAGCCCGAGUGUCAUUCGACGCAUGGAACGUCUAGAGGAUGAUACCUUUUGA